UUGCAGGUUAACGGUAGCCUACUUCCUGCUUCAGUAAUCUCGCUUUACUGCACCUACCUUUGCUACAACGGACUCUCGAGUGAGCCACGGGAUUAUGAGUGUAAUAAUCUUCACAAUCACUCAAAAGCUGUCUCUACAGGAAGCCUUGCCAUUGGCUUGCUCACCACCGUCCUCUCCGUCGUGUACUCUGCUGUCCGUGCCGGUUCUUCUACCACUCUUCUCUCCCCUCCGGCUUCUCCUCGUGCCGGUUCUGAUAAGCCGCUACUCUCCUUCGACAAGAUAGAGGAACAGGAUGGGAAGAAAGAAGAGUCGGUUCCGGUCUCGUACUCGUAUUCAUUUUUCCAUCUAAUCUUCUCUUUGGCGAGCAUGUACUCUGCAAUGCUCCUCACCGGUUGGUCGAGUUCCGUCGGCGAGACCGGGAAGCUGAUCGAUGUCGGAUGGCCAUCGGUGUGGGUGAGGAUCGUGACAGGUUGGGCUACAGCUGCACUCUUCAUCUGGUCUCUCAUCGCUCCCAUUCUCCUUCCAGAUAGGGAGUUCUGAUGGUUUCAACCUCAUCUCAUCUCAUCUCAUCUCAUCAAAACAUUAAUAAUCUGAUUGACAAACUGUAUUUACUUUAUGGAGAAUUUGUGAGGAGUUUGCUUAAAAUCUGAACUGAAGUUUUUGUUUGUUUGUUUGUUUGAUGUUUGGUGCUGCUAAUGAGUGAAUGCUAUGAUCUUCCCUUGAUGGCUUUGUUAUUUGAAAUGAAUAUUUUCUCUGCUAAAAA